AUGUUUGUGAGGUUUUACAAGCGGUUGGAUAGACAAUACAUCCAAUCACAGAGGAGAUGGAUAUUAUCUUCCAAUAAAUGCCUCUUACAAGGCAACAAGAAUGCAACCAUUUCACCUCUGAGGAGGGCAUUUGAUGACCAGGACCAUUGGGAAGAAUCACAGGCUCAGAAUACCUCAUCAGAGCAGGAUAACAAGGGCAAGAACUCCUCCUACUUUUGGUCCCGGAGUAAAGCUACCGCGCCGCAGGUGGCGCACACAGGGCUAUUUCAGAACCCAUACCUAAACUCGCCCGAAGGGCUACGAAAAUUUGCCAAUAAAUCACUUACCGAGGCUACUGCGUUGGUAAGGAACCUGAGAGAGGAUUCGUCACAAGAAGGUCUGGUGCGGUAUAUCAUUCGAUUAGAUCAACUCAGCGAUAUCUUAUGCCGGGUGAUUGACUUGUGUGAGUUUUUACGGGCUGCACAUCCCGAUGAACAAUUUGUUGCCGCAGCUCAGGAAUGUCAUGAACAGAUGUUUGAGAUUAUGAAUAUCUUGAAUACAGAUGUUGUGCUUUGCAAAAGAUUAAAACAAGUGCUAUCGGACGAGAAUAUAAGCAGUAAACUGAGCAGCGAGGAGAUACGGGUAGGCCAUAUAUUGCUAGAGGAUUUUGAAAAAGCAGGCGCAUAUGCGUCGCCCGAAGUCAGAAAGCAGUUUAUACAGUUAUCCCAAAACAUCAGCAUUAUUGGCCAAGACUUCAUCAACAACACAGAAUCAUUAUCUUCCAGCUACAUAAAGAUUCCGUGCAAAGAUUUGGAAUCGAGUGGCACUAGCCAUCUUGUUCUUCGUCAGCUCACCAAGGACACCAUGGGUAAUAACUAUAAGAUACCAACUAGUGGGUAUGCUCCGUAUACACUAUUGAAUGCUUGUCCUUCAGAGGCUAUUCGGAGGCAGGUAUGGACCGCAAUGUUUAGUUGUUCCGAAAAACAAGUGAAGAGGCUUAAGAGUUUGCUUCAGCUUCGGCGGAAACUUGCUAAUAUCAUGGGUGCUACAGACUAUGUUUCCUACCAAUUAGAGGGAAAGAUGGCCAAAUCCCCGGAAAACGUUAAAAAUUUCCUUAACACAUUGGUUGAUCACACUAAGCCGCUGGCUGCUGGCGAGCUUGAAGAGCUAGCGAAACUAAAACGGAAUGUAGAAAACCUAUCCGAGACAAACACACUAAAACUCAUGCGGCCAUGGGAUCGGGAUUACUACUCUUCACUAUCCCCCAACUUCACCCGGCCUAACCAUAGGGUGGACGGCUUUACAUCGAUCAAUACCUACUUUUCUCUGGGAGUCGUUAUGCAAGGUAUUUCGGACUUGUUUCGGGACAUAUAUGGGAUAAGCCUGAAGCCUGUAGUCGCCCAAGCCGGAGAAACUUGGGCACCUGACGUGCGCAAGCUUCAGGUAAUUUCCGAGACAGAAGGCAUUAUUGGCUUAAUCUACUGUGAUUUACUAGAAAGACCUGGGAAAACAACCAGCCCGUCUCAUUUCACUGUUUGCUGCUCACGUCAAAUAUAUCCUGAGGAGAAUGAUUUUUCUACGAUACAGGUCGGUGAAAAUCCAGACGGUUCAAGAUUUCAGAUGCCUGUCAUUUCUUUAAUAUGCAACUUUAGGGCAACUAGACACGGGAAGAACAAGUCCCUAUGCUUAUUGGAGUUAAGCGAUGUGGAAACCCUCUUCCACGAGAUGGGCCAUGCAUUGCAUUCUAUGCUCGGAAGGACUCAGUUACAAAAUCUCAGCGGAACCAGAUGCGUCACGGACUUUGUUGAACUCCCAAGUAUUUUGAUGGAACAUUUCGCAAAGGACCGUCGCGUACUGCUGCGCAUAUCAAGUAACUAUGCGACCGGUGAGCCCAUACCCGAAGAGCUUCUUUCAGCUUUUCAAGAGCAGAAUAACUUUUUGAAGAAUACUGAAACAUUUUCACAGAUCAAGAUGUCGAUGCUGGAUCAGCGGUUGCAUAGUAUCACCGAUCAGGAUGACAUAAUUGCGGUAUACCAUGGUCUUGAACGUGAGAUGGAGGUUCUUGUUGACGACCAAACAAACUGGUGCGGUAGAUUUGGCCAUUUAUUUGGCUAUGGGGCAUCAUAUUAUAGCUAUUUAAUGGACCGGGCAAUAGCUGCAAAGAUAUGGGACCAUUUGUUUAAGAAGGAUCCAUUCAGCAGAAGCAGUGGUGAAAAAUUCAAAGAGGGCGUCCUAAAAUGGGGUGGUAGUCGGGACGCGUGGCAGUGCAUUGCAGACGCUCUAGAUGAACCCCGCCUAGUGAAGGGUGACGACUGGGCAAUGAGGUUUAUUGGGGAAGUUGAAGACAUGUAA